UCAGGAGCGCGAGCUUUGGGAAUGCGUGAGCGCACGUCGUCAGCGACCAAAACGCUGUUGAGCUUAGAGCUAUACACUAAGAAAUCACAGUGGACGAUUCAAUACACGUUUUGGCAGCAACUGAAAGAUGGGUAUUCCAAGACUGUAAAGAAGAAAAAGUCAAACUGAAUGGAUGAACCAUCCCAGCUACAGCAGGAAGAAUUGCAGAUAUGGCCCUUUUCAAGCAACAGAAAGUGGAAGAUUUUUAUGAAAUAGGGGAAGAAUUGGGAAGUGGACAGUUUGCCAUCGUAAAGCAGUGCAGAGAGAAGAGCACAGGCCUAGAAUUUGCUGCCAAGUUCAUCAAGAAACGGCAGAGCGUGGCAAGCCGACGAGGGGUGAGGAGAGAGGAGAUUGAGCGAGAGGUGAACAUCUUGCAACAGAUCCAGCACCCCAACAUUGUCACACUGCACGACGUCUACGAGAACCGCACUGAUGUGGUGCUAAUCCUGGAGCUGGUGUCUGGAGGAGAACUAUUUGAUUUCUUGGCUCAGAAGGAGUCUCUGAGUGAAGAAGAAGCCACACAGUUCAUCAGGCAGAUCCUGGAAGGUGUCCACUAUCUUCACUCUAGAAAGAUUGCUCAUUUUGAUCUGAAGCCUGAGAACAUAAUGCUGCUUGACAAGCAUGUGCCCUUACCAAGGAUCAAACUGAUCGAUUUUGGCCUGGCUCAUAAAAUUGAGGCGGGGGCUGAGUUCAAGAACAUAUUUGGCACUCCAGAGUUUGUGGCUCCAGAGAUUGUUAACUAUGAGCCUCUGGGACUGGAAGCAGACAUGUGGAGCAUAGGUGUCAUCACCUACAUCCUCCUCAGUGGAGCGUCACCCUUUCUCGGCGAAUCUAAACAGGAUACAUUAGGCAACAUCUCUGCAAUGAACUAUGAGUUUGAUGAGGAGUUCUUCUGCCACACUAGUGAACUGGCCAAGAGUUUCAUCAGACAGCUUCUGGAAAGGGAUAAGAGAAAGAGACUGACUAUCCAAGAUGCUCUCAACCACCCUUGGAUCAAGCCCUCAAACCCACGCCAAGCUUUAGUGCGCAGGCUGUCCGUCAUAAACCUGCAAAACUUCAGAAGACAGUACGCACGACGAAGAUGGAAGAUGUCUAUAAGGAUCGUGGCCCUGUGCAACCAUCUAACCAGGCUGAUGAAGAGAGAACCUUCUCUGGAGCAGGACGACGAUCCAGUAGAGAAACUAUGAGAGUGACCAAGAGGAGGAGGAGACCAGGAAAAGAAGACCCACAACAAGAAAUAGGAGCAGCACCUCCUGAAAUCAACACAGAAAAGCUACAUUCCAUCUCACUCAUUCACUGAUAUUUUACUGAGUGGCCAAAGUUUUGGAACAUGGAAUGGAUAAGGCAGCAUACCUCUGUCUGACAAAGCACUUUGUGGGCAUUUGUUGGGCAGAGAGAGCAAUGGCCUUAUAGCAUACAAAUACUCCAUAAUCCAAUUCGGAUGACAUCUUGAUUAGGUUGUGGGACAAAAAUUGCUAUUCCAUUCACUUUUUCCUGUGGUUGAGCACCUCUGUCACUAAAUGUAUUACUUUGUGGGGCUCUCUGUCUGCCUGGCUCGAUACUUUCAACUGUUUCAGAAACUCUGUGAGAAAAAAAGCAACAGUCAAUGAAAUGUGGAUGACACAUUGUUAAGCAACAAAACCAUCCAACAUGUAAAGGACCAAAUAUUGAACAUUUUACUUACCUAAUUUGUACUCUUCUCUUGAAAGAGAAAGAAACACUGCAAAUGAAUACCCGAUAACUGUCUUGUUUGCAAAUGAAUAUGUUCACCCAUUUGAUUUUUUUUCAAAUAUUGAUCAGUAACGAUGUGUGUAGAAGUUACAAUACAAUAAUGUGUUAAAUUACUUCUUCUUAUGCCUAUCUUUUUGUUUACUCUGAGAAAUGCCAGAUCAAUGAGUCCUGUAUAUGAAUGGCAUGGGACAACCAAGGAGAUUCCUCCUAACAUCAUGUGCCCCCCAUGUCUAAUUUUGUUAGCUGAUUUAGUUUGCACUUUGCAAUAAGACUCUCCUCCUAAAGGAUAAGGUCAACAAAAGAGAUGCUUUGCCCACUAUAGUGAUUAUACAAUCAUGCAUAUGUAAAAACUGGAACAUUUGACUAACAUCUACUGUUCUCACUGAGCUAUUGUAAGAUUUAAAACGAUAUUGAAAGAAUGUACGGUGAGUAAAAUCAAAGCUCAACACCUUCAAAAACUAUACAUGUUAACUAACAAUUUAAGGUCUUCUGGGUCAGCUAAUGGAGGGUUAGCUGCUCACCUUUCAGUAUGUUAAAAUAGAAGCAUUUGUUUUUCACACACUUGUCGUGUGCCAAGAACUGUGAAACAAAGUUAUUUAAAUGUAUUCAAAAUG